AUGAUGUUAAUUGAGCGAACAGCAAUUGAAAUGUUACCAUUAAGAGAAGUUAUUUCAAUAAUGAUUUUGGUAUUAUCAUCCGGAUUUAUCAUAUUUGGUGGCGCUGUUCCAUACGUUUUUCAAUAUAUGGAAAUUGUUGAACGAAAAAAUUCGCAAGGAUUCUCGUUACUUGUUUGUCUUUCGUUAUGCAUCGCUAAUAUUCUUCGAAUACUUUUUUGGGUUGGAAAAAGAUUUGAUUUGGCAUUAUUAGCACAAAGUAUCGUUAUGUUUAGCUGUAUGGUUCUUAUGCUAGAAGUAUCAGUACGAAUGAACCGAAGAAUCCUUCAUAAAUCCCAAUACAAAUCGAUUUGGCGUUAG